AUGACCGAACUCGCACAGCCUCUUUCUGUAUGCAGUGAAAGUUGCCAACCAGGUUCUAGCAAGAAAGUGAAGGAGGGGGAGCCAUUUUGCUGCUACGAUUGCAUCCCAUGUCCAGAGGGGAAGAUUUCAUACCAGGAGGAUAUGAACGACUGUAAUAAAUGCUCAGAUGAAGACUAUCCAAGUGAGAACCAGGAUGUGUGUAUUCCCAAGGAUAGAAGCUUCUUGUCUUAUGAAGAACUUUUGGGCAUCAGUUUAGCCUUCUUUGCUCUUUCCUUUGCUUUCAUCACAGCUCUGGUACUGGGAACAUUCCUGAAGCACCACAACACUCCCAUUAUCAAAGCCAACAACCGAACUCUCACCUACACCCUCCUAGUCUCCCUCCUGCUCUGCUUCCUUUGUGCUUUACUCUUCAUUGGCCAACCUGACAAGGCAACGUGUCUCCUCCGACAAACUUCUUUUGGUAUCAUCUUUUCAGUGGCUGUGUCUUGUGUGCUGGCAAAAACUAUCACUGUGGUUCUGGCUUUUGUGGCUACCAAACCAGGAUCCAGGAUGAGGAAGUGGGUGGGGAAAGAUCUGGCCAGUUCUAUUGUCUUUUCUUGCUCUCUUAUUCAAGCAGGCAUCUGUACUCUGUGGCUUGCAAUCUCUCCUCCAUUCCCUGGUGUGGACAUGCACUCAGUGACUGAAGAAAUUAUAUUAGAAUGUAAUGAAGGCUCUGUGGCUAUGUUUUAUUCUGUCCUUGGUUACAUGGGCUUGCUGGCAAUUGUGAGCUUCACUGUGGCUUUCUUCGCCAGAAAGUUACCAGACAGUUUCAAUGAAGCCAAAUUUAUCACCUUCAGCAUGUUGGUCUUUUGCAGUGUUUGGUUGUCCUUUGUUCCAACCUACUUGAGCACCAAAGGAAAAUACAUGGUAGCUGUGGAGAUCUUUUCUAUCUUAGCUUCCAGUGCUGGGUUGUUGGGUUGCAUCUUUUCCCCAAAAUGUUAUGUUCUCAUGUUGAGACCUGAACUGAAUAACAGGGAACAGCUAAUAAGAAGAAAAUAA